AUGAAGCUCUCUCCUCUCUAUGUAAAACAGAUCCUGCAAAAGAUCAGCAGUCUUGCGUUUUAUUCAGAUUUCCGGGAUGACACAUCUGAAGUGGAAGUGUGGUCCGGAUUUGAUGAGAAGCUCGAACCGCAGGCUGUUUUUGCGGCACGGAACUCAGAGAUCAUGGGUAAUGAGUCUUCUUAUGCAUCCCAGGACCACUGUGACCAUGAGUGGAGACGCAAUCAACCGGACGUCCCCGUCCAGAACAGCCCAGGGUCUUCUGUGCACUACAGCGUGUGUUCGCCCUGCCAGAUCUCCAUCGAACCAUCAUCCGAUGACACGACAGAUGAAACCAGCUCGGAUUCAUUCGGUCCAGAGUCAGAGUCAGUUUUAAUACACCACUUUGAAAACAGCAGCGGGCCACUGGUGGUACCGGUUAGACCGGCUGAAAAUGGUCAGCUGCAGUUUCAUGACCUUUUGUUCCAGCGUGACACUGGUCAAAGUUCUCCAGUCCCUUCCCAGGAUUCAGAAGGUUUAACUGGAGAACGAACUCCUUUACUAUCUGACCUCAUUCAGAACAACUCAUCCGACCUGCCUGUACACGUUUCUGACGUCGUGACGUCAAACUACAGACAGAACUGGCUGCCGGGGAUCCCUCUGGAGGGACAGCGAGACCAGAGGACUUAUGUUAUGAGGACAGACCACCUGCAGGACACAACUGACCUGAUGAGGACCUCAUCGAUGAAGAGUAACUUGGUGUGA